AUGGCAGCGCUUCCAAAGCAGCAUUUGCAUACGCUCACGGUGAUUACCUCCGCCUUUGGUCCAAUGGACACGUCUGCGAUGGUUGCAUGGCUCCAAGAACCGCACGCGACGUCGUUGACACUGGGGUGCUCUUCCGUGUCCGACCCGUCGGCGCUCGCCGAUGCGAUUCAAGCAUGCGUUACGCUGAGAACCUUGAGCCUCUUGGGCGCGAUGGACGUUCAAGAAGCGCUGGUGGCAUCGCCAAAGACCUUGCCGCACAUCACAUCGCUCACCGUCGUGGAAUCGCGUUUCGGCGACGGUGCCACCCUCGGCUUGGUCAAGAAGCUCGAUCGCACCAAGAUCGUCUUUUUCGACUUUGAACAUAUAAAAGGCAUGGGCGACAACGACUUUGGCAACCGGCCCGAAACGAGUGUGCUCGACACACUCGCGCUGUGCCCCGCGCUCCGGACACUCCGGCUUGUCCGCAUCCACAUAACUCCGACCACGACGACUGGAACCUGGUCGCACUUGUCGACGGUCGCCGUGCAGAAUACGACGUUCAAGACACCUGGCGACGCCGUCAAGCUCCUCCAGUGGCUCUCGACCUCGCGCUGCCUAAAGGACGUCGACUUGGGCUAUACGCAGCUCGGGACGGCUGGGUUUGUCGAGCUGGCGCGGGCGCUGCCGGCGUGGAUGGCGAGAGGCCUACAGAGUUUGAGACUUCAGGAGACAAAGAUGGGUGACGACGACGCUGCCAUCCUCGUCGUUGCGCUCGCUUCGGGCACGAACCGACGGCCGCUCACGGUCAAUGUGCGGUCAAACCCUUUCUCAGAGGCGUCGACAAAGCUCUUUUUGGACAUGCUGGGGGCGAGCCACAACGUCACGCUACAUGUGGGCACGGGCCGCUUCACAGCCAGCAUCCAAAACUAUGUGCAGCUGCACCAUCUUGUGCUGGUGCAGCCCGGCGUACUGACGUCGCCACCGCGCUCGUCGUCGCCGUGGUAUGCCAUUUGAACCAUUAAUCGUAGGUGUGCUAGAAACUUAAUGCAUACUCGUACUAUGAUUGUCUUG